AUGGAUUACCAGAACCGCGCAGGUUCCAAAUUCGGCGGCGGCGGUGUCGCCUCCCAAUCCGCCACAAAUGCCGACCGCCGCGAACGACUGCGCAAACUUGCGCUCGAAACCAUCGACCUGGACAAAGACCCCUACUUCUUCAAGAACCACGUUGGCAGCUUCGAAUGUCGUCUCUGUCUCACCGUCCACCAAAACGACGGCUCCUACCUCGCACACACACAGGGUCGCAAGCAUCAAACCAACCUCGCCCGCCGCGCCGCAAAAGAACAACGAGAAGGCAAGCGCGACGACGUCAACCAGCAAGGCCUGCUCGCCGGCGUCCAGGUCAAGAAGAAUGUGAUCAAGAUUGGUCGACCGGGAUACCGCAUCACCAAAGUCCGAGACCCGAAUACGCGGCAGAAUGGCCUGCUGUUCCAAUUCCAGUUCCCCGAUCUCAACCCGGGUAUCACGCCCAAGGUCCGCUUCAUGAGCGCGUACGAGCAAAAGGUCGAGGACCCGGAUCCGAAUUACCAGUAUUUUAUUGUGGCGGGCGAGCCGUACGAGACGGUUAGUGUCAAGUUGCAGGCGAGGGAGGUGGAUCGGCGCGAGGGCAAGUUUUGGACGUGGUUUGAUGAGGACAACAAGGAGUUUUGGUGUCAGAUUUUGUUUAAGACGGAGCGGGAUGAGCGGUUUAGUGCUGUUCCUGGGUUGGCGCCGGGGAGGAAGUGA